AUGGAAGAUACUCAUAACUAUGAUACUUCGUUUAUGAAAGAUACUACUAGUACUUAUAUAGCUGUUUUUGAUGGUCAUGGCGGAUCUCAGACUGCUCGCUGGUGUGCUGAUAACUUUCAUAAGCUGCUGGCCACUAAUAUUGAGAAAUAUUCAUCCAGUCUCCAAAUGCCGACUAUUAUUGAUCAUACCUUUCAGCAGGCUGACUAUGCAAUUCAAAAUAAUGCAAAGGCUGACGACAAGUCCGGGUCAACUGUUGCAAUGGCAUAUAUCAAAACAGAUGCCAAUGCCCAACAACAUCUUUAUACAGCAAAUGUAGGUGAUUCGAGAAUAGUUCUCUGUAGCAAUUACGGCGUGGCUUAUAGGCUGACAUACGAUCAUAGCGCCGAGGAUCCACGAGAAAAGUCAAGGAUUAUUCGUAGUGGUGGAGACAUCUUGCUGGGUAGGGUGGCUGGUGUGUUGGCUAUAACUAGAGCGUUGGGAGAUGGUUCACUGAAAGAUCUGGUAUCUUGUAGGCCAUUUAUAACAGAAGCAACUAUUGAUGCUGAAAAGGAUGAAUUUCUGAUAUUAGCGUGUGACGGUCUGUGGGACGUAUUUAGUGAUCAGGAGGCUGUGGACCGGAUCCGUAAUAUAAAAGAUCCAAACCAAGCGGCCAAAAUACUCGUAAAUGACGCAAUUGGAAGGGGGUCUAUGGAUAAUAUAACAUGUUUGGUAGCCAGGUUGAACAGCAUCAGUCGUAAGACAUCUACAACAGCAUCGACAUUAUCUCUGUUUAAGCAUAAGCGAUCUAGUAGCAGCAUUGCCAGAAGCACCAAUACCCCGGAUCCUAGUGACCCAAAUGCAUUAAUAUUAUCACCACUCUCCCCGGUGGAGAGUGGUUUCUCAUUUAGUUCGCCUUUCGGUUCAACCACCCGAUUUAAACAUACCGAUAUGGCCACACUAGGGUGUGGAGUUCGUAGGCCACCAAGUCCGCCAAUGAACCCUACAAAGCAAAGAAGAUUCUCUGAUACUGCAGAUAUUGACUCGCUUCGAACAGAAAUGUCUAAAUUAAAACUUCAGACUGGUCGUGGGUUUAGAUAUGGUGUACCACGUGUGGAACGACCGUUGAUUUUCGACUCUGAUGACGAGGACGCUAUAGAAGAUGAUGGAUAA